AAAAAAAUCUGCAUAUCCAUUUGCAUGCUGCUGUUCCGAUGAAGAGUAAAGUCGGAGAACGAUUCUCUGAGUUCUACGAUAAGUGGAUGUGCCAACUCGAUGUGUACCUGCAACAGUUGCUGAACGUGUCCAAGGAGAGUACAGUGAGUACUCUAGUUUCAACGGAAGGUGAUAAACAAGCUCUGGUGUCGAAACUCACCACUCAUUACAAAGAAUACUACACUGUCAAAUGGGCGGCUGCGCAUGAAGACGUGCUCGCCUUUUAUUGCCCAGUUUGGUUAAGCAAGCUAGAGGAUGCUUAUUCGUGGCUGACGGGUUGGAAGCCGUCUACGAUAUUCGGGCUCGUCGAGUCAAUGAGGAGGACUCGGGAGCCGGGACCGGGUUUGGCCGAGUUGACGGAGGAGCAAGUGAGGAAGAUAGAGCAGUUGAGGGUGAAGAUAAAGUUGGAGGAAGAGAAAGUGGAGGGGAAAAUGGAGAGGCAGCAAGUGGCAAUGGCUGACCGGAAAAAAGUCGAGCUGGUUCGGAUGGCGAGGCGGAUGAGGAACGAGGAGCUGGUGGCGGUGGCGGUGGCGAUGAAGGGAGUACUGGCGGGGAUGGAGAGGGUGAUGAAAGCGGCGGAUUGUGUGAGGCUCAAGACCUUGAAAGGUGUUCUUGAUGUGUUGAGUCCAUCUCAGUCUCUGGAUUUUCUUGCUGGGACUUGCAUGCUGCAGAUUCAGCUGAGGAAAUGGGGACAGACAAGGGAUAGCCAAAAGGGUCUGAUGGUUAACCCAGAGUUGCACAAUAAUCUUAUUUUUUAAGACUAAAAGAGAUGUUUAAGAAU